AUGGGGAAUUACAAAUCUAGGCCAACACAGACUUGUACUGAUGAAUGGAAGAAGAAAGUCAGUGAAUCUUAUGCAAUUAUAAUAGAGAGAUUAGAAGAUGACCUACAGAUAAAAGAAAAAGAGUUAAUAGAACUAAGGCAUAUAUUUGGCUCCAAUGAAGCUUUCAGCAAAGUCAAUUUAAAUUACCGCACAGAGAACGGGCUGUCUCUCCUCCAUUUGUGCUGCAUUUGUGGAGGCAACAAGUCGCACACUCGUGCCUUGAUGUUAAAAGGACUCCGCCCAUCCCGACUGUCAAACAACGGGUUUACAGCACUGCAUUUGGCAGUCUACAAGGAUAGUGUGGAGUUGAUCACAUCCCUGAUUCACAGUGGAGCAGACGUUCAACAGGUUGGGUAUGGUGGCCUCACUGCCCUCCACAUUGCUGCAGUAGCUGGCCACUUGGAGGCUACAGAUGUGUUACUGCAACACGGUGCCAACGUCAGUGUCCAGGAUGCCAUUUUUUUCACUCCUUUGCACAUUGCAGCAUACUAUGGACAUGCACAGGUAACCCAUGCCCUUUUGAAAUUUGGUGCUGAUGUUAACAUGAGUGGUGAAGUUGGAGACAGACCUCUCCACCUGGCCUCUGCGAAAGGAUUCUUCAACAUCACCAAACUCCUGGUGGAAGAAGGGAAGACAGCAGAAGUGAAUGCACAGGAUAAUGAGGGCCAUGUCCCCCUCCACUUAUGUUCUCGCUUCGGCCACCAUGAUAUUGUGCAGUACCUGCUGCAGGGUGACUUGGAAGUUCAGCCUCAUGUUGUUAACAUCUAUGGAGAUACCCCAUUGCACCUGGCAUGCUACCAUGGAAAGUUUGAAGUUGCAAAGGAGAUCAUUCAAAUGACAGGAACUGAAAGUCUGACCAAGGAGAACAUCUUCAGCGAAACAGCUUUUCACAGUGCUUGUACCUAUGGCAAGAACAUUGACCUGGUAAAGUUUCUUCUUGAUCAGGAUGCCGUGAACAUCAACCACCAAGGACGAGACGGUCACACAGGGUUACACUCAGCUUGCUUCCACGGCCAUAUCCGCCUGGUUCAGUUCUUACUGGAUAAUGGAGCAGAUAUGAAUCUAGUCGCUUGUGAUCCCAGCAGGUCUAGUGGCGAAAAAGAUGAACAGACAUGUUUGAUGUGGGCUUAUGAAAAAGGACAUGAUGCCAUUGUCACACUCCUGAAGCAUUACAAGAGACCCCAGGAUGAAUUGUCUUGUAAUGAGUACUCUCAGCCUGGAGGAGAUGGCUCCUAUGUGUCUGUUCCCUCCCCCUUGGGGAAGAUCAAAAACAUGACAAAAGAGAAGGCGGACAUUCUCCUCCUGAGGGCGGGGCUGCCCUCACGCUUCCAUCUGCAGCUCUCAGAAAUUGAGUUUCAUGAGAUCAUUGGCUCAGGCUCUUUUGGGAAAGUAUAUAAAGGACGAUGCAGAAACAAGAUCGUGGCUAUAAAACGGUACCGAGCCAACACCUACUGUUCCAAGUCGGAUGUGGAUAUGUUCUGCCGUGAGGUGUCCAUUCUCUGCCAGCUCAAUCACCCCUGCGUCAUUCAGUUUGUGGGUGCCUGCUUGAAUGACCCCAGCCAGUUUGCCAUCGUCACCCAGCACAUACCAGGGGGCUCUCUGUUCUCCCUCCUGCAUGAGCAGAAGAGGAUGCUUGACUUGCAGUCUAAAUUAAUAAUUGCAGUCGAUGUUGCCAAAGGUAUGGAGUACCUCCACAACCGGACCCAGCCGAUCAUACACCGGGACCUGAACAGUCACAACAUUCUUCUCUACGAGGAUGGUCAUGCCGUGGUGGCAGAUUUUGGAGAGUCCAGGUUUCUGCAGUCACUGGACGAGGACAACAUGACCAAGCAGCCUGGGAACCUCCGCUGGAUGGCCCCCGAGGUGUUCACGCAGUGCACGCGCUACACAAUCAAGGCUGAUGUCUUCAGCUACUCACUGUGUCUGUGGGAACUACUGACCGGCGAAAUCCCUUUCGCCCAUCUCAAACCAGCGGCAGCAGCGGCAGACAUGGCAUACCACCACAUCAGGCCUCCCGUCGGGUCCUCCAUUCCCAAGCCCAUCUCGUCUCUGCUGAUGCGAGGGUGGAACGCGUGUCCUGAAGGAAGACCGGAGUUUUCUGAAGUCGUAAGGAAGUUGGAAGAGUGUCUCUGUAACAUCGAGCUCAUGUCUCCUGCCUCGAGUAACAGCAGUGGGUCUCUCUCACCUUCCUCUUCCUCUGAUUGCCUCCUGGGCCGGGGAGGGCCAGGCCGAAACCAUGUAGCAGCACUAAGGAGCCGUUUUGAGCUGGAAUAUGCUGUGAAUGCGAGGUCCUAUGCUGCCUGGACCCAGAGAGCUGGACAACACUCCACUCCAGGCCCAGCUUUGGAGGAGAUGAGCAGAAGUUUUCAGUACUCACCUAUUGACAAGUACGGGUAUGUGUCUGAUCCCAUGAGCCCGAUGCAGUUUCACACUUGCCAGAACAGCGGCAGCUUCGAGGACUGACAGCUUCUGAUGUACACCUAAGGAGUCUUCCCUCCGCUGACAGCCGUGGUGGCAACCAUGGCAGGCCUGGUUCCAGUUACAGUGAUUCCCCUCCACGGUCUCCUUAAGCUGGCUUGUUCCUGUGGCUGUCACUUAUUUAAUUCUUUUCCUCGAAGUGGGCUUCAGAUGAUGUGAAGGAAAGGGUAAAGGAUCAUCAGUAUGUCCACGAAGAAUUGUUUAUUCAUUUUAUAUGUAAAAAAAAGACAAAUUCCUCUUGUUCCUUGGAGAUGGGUACUUAAGUCUGUGUAGACAAAUGAGUUUGUUCCCAUUGCUACAUUCCC